AGAAGCAGAUACCCUUCUGCUGCGUAGGUGAAAAUAGUAGGCGGCCGGACAAAGCAGAUAUCUCUCCUGCUGCGUAGAUAUUAUGGCUGGCACGACAGAAGGAAAGACGGAACCAAGACCUUACACAAGCCUGCAUGCACCAGAUCUGUACGCCGAGACUAAUUCCAUCCGUACUAAAGAGACUCGUGAUUUACUAAAGGCUUUCCAGCCGUUCUUCGUAACCGAAAGAAAUGCAAACUGUCAAUUUUUGGACGUUGGCUGUGGGAUAGGACAUUUCACUCGUGGCGUCAUCUUGCCCAGCGCCCAGCCAUGCCGAAGGCUCGUGGCCGUAGAUUCCUCUAUGGCCAUGCUGGAAUAUGCCAAACGGAAUUUUCCUCACCAACUCAUCAAGUACGAGUACUUGGACAUUGAAGGUGACGUCUCAAGCUUCCUCAAAGUACACGGGCCCUUUCACGGAGUAUAUUCGUUCAGUACUCUACACUGGGCGAAGGACCUACACCGGGCCCUCGCCAACAUUUCGGAGCUAAUGAUACCUGGUUCCGAGUGCCUACUUGUGUUUCUGGGUCGUGCCUUUGUCUUCGAGACUUUCAGGCACCUGAGUACCAUGGAUCCCCGGAGGAAGUACGCUGAUAUUCUCCUGAGUCACAUCCCUGCAAGCCAUGACAUCCUGGAUCUUUCCGGGCAGCGGACAUACUUGAAUAGUGCAUUGGGAUCUGCAAAGCUGGUUACUUUAUCUGCCGAAGUUGUCUCAAAAGAUGGCGUAGGUUUCACACAAACAAGUGAAAUAGAUGGUUCGGUAAAACUCAAGAGCUUUGCUGCUGCAACCAUCAUCCAGGCAAAAUCUGAAGAAAUUGAAUGA